CAACACCUUCUCUUUUCUAUCUCUGAGAAACAUUUCAUUUUCCGUUCAAGUUUCCGAUCAAAUGGCGCCGAAAGCAGAGAAGAAACCAGCAGACAAAAAACCAGCAGAAAAGAAACCCGCUGAAGAAAAGAAAGCUGAAAAAGCACCAGCAGAGAGCAAACCCAGAGCUGAGAAGAAACUACCAAGCAAGGAUGCUUCAUCAACAGAUAAGAAGAAGAAGAAAUCAAAGAAAUCUGUUGAGACAUACAAGAUCUACAUCUUCAAAGUUCUGAAACAAGUUCAUCCAGAUAUUGGUAUCUCCAGUAAAGCUAUGGGUAUCAUGAACAGUUUCAUCAAUGAUAUCUUUGAGAAACUUGCUGCGGAGUCAUCGAGAUUAGCUAGGUAUAAUAAGAAACCAACUAUCACUUCUCGUGAGAUUCAAACUGCUGUUCGUCUUGUUCUUCCUGGUGAAUUGGCUAAACAUGCCGUUUCUGAGGGUACCAAAGCUGUGACCAAAUUUACCAGUUCUUAAUUCAUUGUUUCUGCUUUUUAGGUUUUCAGAAAUUGGUGGUUUCUUUUGUUUUAGAAGUUUGGGGAUUAGGGUUUCAUAUGUGUAAGUAGUAGUAUUUCAGAUGUUAUGACAUGUAUCCAGUUUCAAUUUCCAAUCCAAAUAUCUUGUUAGUGAAAUCAAUUGUCUUAAUUUUUUGGAUAUAAAUCAAUUGAAACCCGUUUAGAUGUA